AACCGAACUGCCUUCUUUGUCCCUCCUCUCAUAAAACCGAGUUGAUUUGUCAACAGAUACUCAGUUGACAAGACGAUCUCAAGCGCUUUGAUCCACCAGACAUUGCCAGAGAGUUCAUUAAUACACUAACGGACUCAUCUCCAUCGACGAACUAUAUACCACCACAGUGAGAGUUAAUAUUUUAUUCCAGACGAUUUCUCUACUCGGAGAAUAUUUAUAUUUGACAUGACGAUCUCUCCUUACAUAAAAAGCCCACUGCGCUCUGUACAAAACAUGCAGAAGGGUAAAGACAGAUCAGUGACAUUUUCCUCAUCGAUCAAAACACUUGACAACCAGAACAACAUGGUCAGGAAUGAGAAGACUUCAAAUCGUUUUAGGCUAGUUCUUCUUGGUGAAGAUGGUGUUGGAAAAUCUGCAAUUUCUGUUCGCUUUUUGUGUGGUCGAUACCUGCAUGAAUACGAUCCAACAUUAGAAAGCUGCCAUGAGAAAACUGAGAUAAUUGAUGGAAGACAAACCAAGAUAGAGCUUUACGACACGGCAAAUCAGGCACCACUGAUUGACUACCUAACAGAUGCCGACGCCAUCCUCUACGUCUACUCCAUUACAGAUCGAACAAGUUUUGAAAAGGCCCAACAGCUAAACUCACAACUGUUCCUCCGUGGUAAAUCACACAUACCUGUCAUGCUAGUCGGUAAUAAGCGAGAGAUGGAGCGAGGAAGGCGAGUCAGCUUCAAAGAAGGUUACAUUCUAGCUAGGGACUCUGGAUGGACCUUUAGAGAGGUAUCCGCAGCAACCGACAAGGGCAAACUCAAGGAAAGUAUCUUGGAGUUCAUCCGUGACGUGCAGAUCGAGAUGAAAAAAGUGAAAGCAAGCAGGAAAGGACGGUACUUUAGAAGAGCGGUCUCCGCUCUUUCUGGACACCACAGUAACAAUAACACUGCCACCACCAACUCCUCCAAAAACACAUCGAAAGAUGACACGUUAUCACCACUUCCAGAAUGGACUCUCAAUUUACUGCACAUUGGCGUCCUCAGUCCAAAAGUUUACCAAAGGAGAAUGACAUGUCCGAGCAUUUAAAGGACUGGUGAACUUAAUGUCAGAUUACUGACAACUUCAAAAAAGUGCCAGAAGGAACGUUGCAAUAGUAAUGACUUGUCUCGAACGAACCCUUGAGGCGACAGGUACAAUGUGAUGUGCUUGACGUGAUUAUGACCACCAGUCUUCAUUUAUAUUGACUGAGAAGAAAGGCUUUAAUGUCAAGUUAUGAAUACUAAUGACGGGUGUAUGCACUUCAUCGGCGUUUAGUGCCAUGGACGCUAUAAGAUGAAGAAUGCUUGAAGAAUGUAAAUAAUAGAUCUUUAACGUGUGCAAUGAUUUUGCACUAUAAUGUGUAUUUGUUUCUAUGAAAUAGUGAUUUAAUGUAAACGACAUGAUUUUGUUUCAAAUCUAUAAGCUAAGUUAUUAACGAAAAAAUCAGGAACCAAUUUCAAAAGUUAACUUUUGAAAUAGUGAGCCCCGACAGUGUGUAACCUUAUAAAAUCUAGUGUUUUUAGAGAAGUGUACGACAAAUCCCCACCUUCAGAAAAGUAUAUAAUCUUCAUUAACUUUUUAUUGAAAAAAAAAUGACAACCUAAUUAAGAACAUGGUUAAAAAAGUAUUUUGAUGACCAUGGGGGAGCAUUUCAUGAAAGGACUUAUCAGAGUUUUAUCCGACCAGUUUAUCAGACAGUUACCAUGGUAACAGUAAUUCACAGUCAAUUAUAUGCAAGGAACGUUGUCAUAUCCGACAACUCUGGUAUUCCCAUUUCAUAUUAACAGAUAAUAUACGAUUGACAUAUAUGGAUAUGUAUAAGAGUUUCUGUAUAAGGGCAUUAGUACUUGUAUAAUGUCCGAAUCAACCCCUGAAACUGUCUACUAAGAUUACAGUUGAAGAAGCCCACGACUUCAUGGAUUUUAAUGCCCUUGAAACAAUGAUCAAUUCCCGUAUACUCUUUCCUCCGUUUCAAACAUUUCGAUGCAGAUUGACAAAUAAAUUAAAGUCAUACUUUUUUCCAGAAAACCGUAAUAUGUUUUACAUAAUAGAGUGUAUUUUCCAAAGAUUUAGAAUCGUUCAUAAACAUAGUGCCAUUAAGAAUAAGUAAGAGUAUUUAAACAUACAACCCGAAUAUUUAUCACUGAUAUUUUUUUGACGCGAUGGUAAAAUCAUGCAUAUACCAUGAAUCAUAAAAUCAUAUUAAGAUUUAUAGUAAAAGAACAGAAACAGUUUUCACAUACUUAAUUGUACUCUUUAAUGUUCUAGUGGUAUUCAUUACUGUUAAAUUCUUGAGGUCAAGAUAAGUUCAAAUCAAUUAAAAAAAAGAAUAGAUAAUAUAUUAAUUAUUCACUUCCUUGUAAGUCAUUUAAAACGCCGUCGUCUUCCCAUUUUGAUACUUCCAUCGGUGGAAAGUAGAAUAAAAACAUCUCCAUUAUUUUGAUUCAUUA